AUUGUUGAGAUUAGUUUUCGUGAUCAGUACUAUAGCCGGCGCGACUUAAUUGAAUUUACUAACCAUUUGGUACAAGGAUUGCGUAAAACAUGUUUUAGGGGAUAUAUCAACGAAAUUUGGAGAAAAGGCGAGAAUCCUUCUUGUGGCUAUGUGUCUGAUCACACAAAGCUUGUUUAUCGGUCCUCUUCUGCUGUGUUCAAUAUAUUCAUUCAAAUGAGUGAAGAAAUGUGGAACUUUGAUGAAUUCGGGGAUCUUUAUUUUGAAAAAUGUGUCAAAUUUCUUCGUGAACUCAUUUUGAAAACUUGGGCCAACAUGCUUUGCACCCAUGAUGUUACCUUGAUUUUGUCAACUCGAGUAUAUGUCGAUGUUCCAUGUUUUGAGAUUCCAAAUACGUGUGUUGGCCAGCUAUAUGCGGAUUUCUACAAAGUCAUCGUCCAAAAUGAGCGUUUCACAACUGACGAAUGGAGGCGAACUCUCACCCAGCUCAUGAUGGAAUUCAAGUAUUACCAACAUGAAUUGAGAGACUACGUUCUCGAGCAUGCGUGUGUUCGUCUUUCUCCUGCCAGGGAAGCUAACAUUCUGGAGGCUCUCAAUCUGGCAAUUACAAGUAGGUUUCAAGGUUAUAACCUCGACCGAACCUUCGAUCGAACGGGCAAAGUUUGCUUAGUUAUAUCCCCAGGAUGUGGAGUUUUCAACGCUGAUCGUGACAUGGUUUCAUUCACCAAACAAAGGGUUCUUGAUUUGGGUGUGACGGUUGAUUUGGUUUGCUUGGGUUCGCAACCCUUACAUGCUGUUCCUUUAUUCGUGUUUCAGUUAUCAAAGUUAAUUUACGUCAACUGCGUUAUAUUUUCGCUAUUGAUUUUGCUCAUGUCAACCUUACCACACAACUGUUCACGGCCUGCAUCCCUAGGUGUUGACUGGAAGUCGCUGACUAUGCCCGCAUUACUACCUCUUACAACUGACUUCUUUCCGGCGCCCACAAGCCUCCUAGGCGAGGACUACAUGGUUCAUGAGUACCGCGUUGUUCUAAUUACAAUGUCAGAAGAUGAGUGGAAGAAACACUUCAAAGUACGACAGGGUCUCUUCGCCUAA